AUGAUUCAUUAUAGACAAUUUUCUUAUUUUUGUCCUCUUUUUCCAGAGCAUCCGUCUACAUCUUCUCUCCACUCAAAGUGUUCCUCUCUUUUUUCUUCUUUCUUUAUUAUUUCCCACCAUCUUUGGAUUGAAUUAUUAUUUAUUUCUUCUUCUUCUUCUUCUUCUUCUUCUUCUUCUUCUUUUUACUCCCUUCUUCUCACUUUCUUCAUCUUCUCACUCUAUUUCUUCUUCUUCUUCUUCUUCUUCUUCUUCUUCUUCUUCUUCUUCUUCUUCUCACUUUUUUCAUCUUCUCACUCUAUUUCUUCUUCUUCUUACUUUCUUCAUCGUCUCACUCUCUUCUUCUUCUUCCUCCCUUCUUCUUCUUCUCACUCUAUUUUUCUUCUUCUUCGUCUUCUUUUUUUUCCACUCCCGUCUUCUUCUUCUUCUUCUUACUCCCUUCUUCUCACUUUCUUCAUCUUCUCACUCUAUUUCUUCUUCUUUUUCUUCUUCUUUUUCUUCUUCUUAUUCUUCUUACUUUCUUCAUCGUCUCACUCUCUUCUUCUUCUUCCUCCCUCCUUCUUCUCACUCUAUUUUUCUUCUUCUUCUUCGUCUUCUUUUUUUCCACUCCCGUCUUCUUCUUCUUCUUCUUCUUCUUCUUCUUACUUUCUUCAUCUUCUCACUCUCUUCUUCUUCCUCCCUUCUUCUUCAUCUUCUCACUCUAUUUCUUCUUCUUCUUCUUCUUCUCACUUUCUUCAUCUUCUCAUUCUAUUUCUUCUUCUUCUUCUUCUUCUUCUCACUUUUUUCAUCUUCUCACUCUAUUUCUUCUUCUUCUUACUUUCUUCAUCGUCUCACUCUCUUCUUCUUCUUCCUCCCUUCUUCUUCUUCUCACUCUAUUUUUCUUCUUCUUCGUCUUCUUUUUUUUUUUUUUCCGUCUUCUUCUUCUUCUUCUUCUUACUCCCUUCUUCUCCUCUUUCUUCAUCUUCUCCUCUCUAUUUCUUCUUCUUUUUUCUUCUCCUUUUCUUCUUCUUCUUCUUCUUACUUUUCUUCAUCGUCUCCUCUCUUCUUCUUCUUCCUCCUCCUUCUUCUCCUCUAUUUUUUUCUUCUUCUUCUUCGUCUUCUUUUUUUUCCUCCGUCUUCUUCUUCUUCUUCUUUUCUUCUUACUUUCUUCAUCUUCUCACUCUCUUCUUCUUCUUCUUCUUACUUUCUUCAUCUUCUCACUCUCUUCUUCUUCUUCUUCUUGGCUUUUACUCUCUCUUCCUGAAUAGAUAUUUCCCCUAUUCUAAAGACCACUUGGCUUCCUUUUUGUUUUCUUCUUCAGAAUGUUACUCGUUCUCUUCAGCCUAUGCCGCCUUCCACUCCACCCCACUUCAUAUCAUAACUGUUAAGGUACUCCACGUACCCCCCAACCCGGGACCGCCGUCAGUUCGUCCGCCCAUGCCUCUCUCCCUUCCGCCUACACCUGUGUAA